CUGACUGCAGAGCCUGAGAGCGAGUUAAAGGGACAGGAAGUCGACUGCAGGAGAUUAGUUGAUGACGUUUUGGGAUACGGAGCUCAAGUAAGGGUGUUUAGCGAGCGCUGUGCUUUCCAGAGAUACUCUCUUUUCCCGGAUGCAGAAAUCUAAUACGGGAUGUAACAUUUACCGGUGUAUGUAGAACUUGGGUCGUUGCGGUUGCUAUUCAGAAGGGCCAAGUAUGAACGGUAAGUCAGCCAACGGCACCGCGGGUGGGGGCGUCCUGCCGGCCUGCAUUGAAGGGCUACCGCCGCUCCCGAAGAGCCUGAGCGGCUUGCUCAACUCGAGCGGAGGGUCGUGGAGGGAGAUGGAGAGGAUGUACGCGAAGAAGACAAUGAUCCAAGACGACCUGAGCCGCGGGCGCAGCAAUACGGACAGUCUAGCGGCCAAUAAACCAGCCAACCUGGAUGCAGCCCUGGCACUUCUCAGGAAAGAAAUGGUGGGUUUACGCCAGCAGGACAUGUCUUUGCUCUGCCAGUUGUGGUCUCUUCAUGAGUCGAUUCAGGAGUACAAAGGCAGUUGCCAGGAUCUGACGGCAGCAUCCAAUGUGGAUGGGUCAUACGGCAUGGAGAAUGGCUACUCUGAUGAUGAUGACGAUUUUGACCAGGACUCCAGCAUUAGCCCCUCUGAGCUUCCAAUUAUAGAUGAGCCUGCUCCCAAAAAUGGAACUAGCAAGGACAAGUGGAUACAUGACUCUUUCCAUAUCACCAUUUAGAAGAGUGGAGAACACCACUCUCUGAAUGUUUCAUUAACGCACGGCAAAUUGCUCUUUUUCUAGUGGCAAUACCCUUUUCUAUAACAAGAUUGCCGAGUGUUUGGUUAUGCUGGCUUGUAGUUUUUUUUCUUCAACAUACUUUUAUAUAUAUUUUAUUAAACUACUAUUUAUUAUAUAAAAAUGGUCAGAAGGCAAUUCUGACGCAUUGCAUAAAGUCGGUGUGUUUCUUUUUUUAAAUUUAACAGACAAAUGUUUUUAAGGUAAACUUAUUCUGGAAAUUUGACAUAAAUGCUGAAAAUUGCAUUGUUUUUCUCCCACUUGUUUAGAGAAAAAUCCAAGUAUAAAACCUACUGGAUAGCCAAGAAUUGUCUUUCUGGUUCAGUACAGUUAGACUCGGAUCAUAUUUGUGGUGCUAUAGUUUUCAUACUAAACUCUGGAUAUUUUAUACACUGAACUAAGCAAUUUCGUUGUAUAAAAAGUCUUAACACAGUGAUUUAUAGUUUUUGGUGUACAAGGCGCCGGCCAACUUCAGCUUUCCCAGAAGCAAGGAGUUUAGAAUUUCACUGUGAAAGGCGGAAAGCGGUCAGAUAUUCAGGAGGAGGUCGAACCCUAACCUUGCCAACUCUGUUCUCCUAUGUCGAAAUAUUAUACAUCCCUCCUUCCAAGCCAGCAUCACCCUUGCAGCAUGGCUAGUAAACUGAAGGGGUUUUCCAGCAUCUUUGUCCUUAGGAGCAGGCUGUUUCUUCAUCUAGUUAUGUUAAACUGAUAAAAGCAAACAAAUUCAAAUUGUGCCUCAAUUUAAAACUUAUCUUAAUUAGUGUUUGAACAUGCAACUGAAUUUGCAGCAUGCACAGAAACAGGGUGAAUUUGAGUGAGAGAAGAGUGAUGUCACUGAAACAUGGAGAAAAGGGGUUCCGUAACCAAAUAUGGUACUUUGUUUGCUAAAGUAGUCCUGAGAGUCAACAAGUAGCUGACCUGAGAGAAGUAGUCCUAACCCUUUGCUUGUGGUUUACAGAUUGUUUAACCACGUUAUGAACUCAACAUGCAAUGACUGUGAACUGGUCCACAUCACCUCAUUAUUACUAUGCUUGUAUUUGAGGUGUGCAUCAAGACUAAUGGUAUAUUUAGAUAACAUGUACAUUUACAGCAGGUCUGCACUGAAAACACAAGUAAUGUAAGAAAUAUUAUUCAUAAUACAAUUUAAAACAUGUUGAAAUCUAUCCUGACAAACUUAUAUUUGAAAAACUACAAACAAAAACUGGGCCUUACCUAGUGGUGUGGUGAAUAGGUACAAUACCUUAUGUUAAAGAGGAUACAGGACCCCCUGUGCUAGUUAUCUAUUAAUGCAAAUUACUGUUGCUAUCUGCUGUGCUACACAUAUUCCCAAAAUAUCAUAUCCAUUAAUCAUAUUUAAAAAAAUUGUAUUCAGAUUCCCAGGGUACAGAAAAAGUCAUAUAGGUGAAACCAUAUCGGCAAAAAUCAUAGACCUAAGGAUUACUGUGUGUUUUUGGUGCACCUUAUGAGUGGUGUGUCUUUAUGGUGCUAACACUACAUGGCUUCUGUACUCUGUUGAUACCAACUUUCCAUGUUUUUCCACCCCAAGCAGUGGGGUGGAGCUUGAGUGAAUUGCCUACUUGGAGUUAAUGGAGGGAGGGGAGACUUGUUAGAUAAUAGUCUGGCACCAUAGGCGUUACAUAAUUAUUGUGUAAAACAGUUCUGUUUUGGAAGCCUCUGCAUGUCCUUUGUUUUUAUGUAAAAAGAUAAAAGAUACGUUACAAAGGUAUAUCUGUCAUGUUUUUUAAUCAAACAUUUUCCCCAUCUAUACAACAUUUUUCUGUAAAGCAGUGGUGUGGCUUGUAACCUUUUGUUUACCAAUCAAAUGUACAAUUUUUAUUUCACGGUAUUACGACAUAAAAAAUGUUGUUACCACAUAUCUUCUUGAAUUUGUGUUUCCUGAAAACAAUGAAGCUCAUUCUUAUGUCUUAAAUUACUGCUUUUAUGUAAUCUUUUAAAUUUUAGUGAUAAAAUUCCUGCAGAAUGUGAUCCAUUGAUGAUAAAAUGCUUCUGUUAUCCAACUGGCAAAAAGUUAUUGUUCCUCCCAAAAAAUAUCAGUAGUGCUUUUUUGCAUGCCAAAAUAAAUGGCAGUAUUACUUUUGCCUUGUGUCUAACCUGAGAGCUACAGCUUGCUUCAACGAUAUCUGAUGAGUUCAGUGUUCUCAUCUGACUUUGUAAGUGUGAUACAGAUGUAUCAUUUAAACAGUGUUGACUGUAGAUUGAACUGGAAGCCAACUUGCACCCUAAGUUGGAGAUAGAGAUUUAGGUUGCAAGAACUUGGGGUGAAAUUUAAAUUCUGUUCAAGUUAUUCUCUGAAAUGAACUUGUCACUGAGUCAAGAAAUGUAUUUCCUUGGAUUACCAUGUGCAUUUUUCCAGUAAGUGACCAUGCAGCUGUACUGUAAUGUUGUUAAGAAGGAUUUAACAAAGCUGAAUUUUUAUAUGCUUUCAACUGUUUUUUUUAAACUCAGCUAUGCAAGUAAGUGAUCAAUUAAAGAUAAAACUGGCACAUUAAAGAGUAAUCCAAUAUAAAACUCUGUUAAACUAAUGCUUGUUUUUGUUCAAUGCUUUAAACAUAUUUCAAAUAAAAUCUGCAGUAAGCUUUC